CCCACGACCCACGUAAACGGAGUAACUGAGUUUGCUCUCGGACCUACAGCCACACUGUGAGAGAGACGCUGGGGAUGAAGCAACGCGCCUGUGAAACGCACGGAUUCUGCUCACACACUCCACGUCGGUUUUAAGGAUAUUACAUCGUUUCUUUCUUUUUUUUCUUUUGUUUUUUUCUCUUGGAAGAAAAAAGGCUCUAACCUUUAGACGUUUUCGCUGUUGGCUUUCUGUACCUUACACAUGUCUUUUCCAACCAUUUUUACGAGAAUUGGGUCAUGAUCACAUCGCCCACUGUCUCUGUCCUGAGAAAUAGCACGAAUCCAGCGUGGGAGAGCGGCUCCUCCUCGGGGGAGAAGGGAGCAGCGAAGAUCAGCCAACUAUCCGUACACAACAGCGUCUCUCCCACAGACCCUUCUCGCCAAGCCAGUCGUCUUCCUAUAAAGAUUUUGAAAAUGCUCACGGCUCGUGCAGGACACAUUUUACACCCGGAGUACCUGCAGCCUUUACCGUCCACUCCUAUCAGUCCCAUCGAGCUGGAUGCCAAGAAGAGUCCGUUGGCUCUUUUGGCCCAAACAUGCUCGCAGAUCGGCAAACCGGACCCGCCGUCCUCUUCCAAACUGUCCUCUGUUGCCUCAAAUGGAUCUAGUGACAAGGAGACCAAAUCUGGCCCGCUGAAAAUCAGCGACAUUGGAGCCGACGACAAAUCUAGCUUCAAACCUUACUCGAAAUCGUCAGAGAAGAAGGACUCGAGCAGCAGCCUCAGUGGAGAUAAGACCAGUUUCCGAGUGCCUAGCGCCACCUGCCAGCCGUUCACCCCCAGGACAGGCAGCCCAAGCUCCUGUACCUCAGUUUCUCCUCUACCGUCAGAAGGCAAAGUAGGGGACAAGGAGGAAAAGAGGGAGUCUGAUAGCAAUAAAAGCAGCACAACAGAGGGCAGUGGUAGCCAAAAAAUAAAUGGAAUUACCUCUGAUGGCAGCCAACACCAAGAAAACACAUCCAAGACUGGUACAUCAGACUCUACAUCUGUAACCUCAUCAUCCUCCGUUCUCGGCUCUGGACUGGUGGCCCCUGUCUCCCCCUAUAAGCCCGGUCAUACAGUUUUCCCCUUGCCAUCUGCUGGUAUUUCCUAUCCUGGAAGUUUAGCGGGUGCGUAUGCAGGUUACCCGCAACCGUUUCUCCCACCUGGAAUGACCCUUGACCCAACCAAAUCCAGCAGCCAGCUUUUGAGCGCACAGUUUGCUGCUGCCAGCUCUCUGGGAUGCAGUAAAGCAGGAACGAGCCCUUUGGCUGGAGCAUCCCCUCCGUCUUUAAUGUCUGCAAGUCUGUGUAGAGACCCGUACUGCCUGAGCUACCACUGCACAAGCCAUUUGUCCAGCGCUUCCAGCGCCAACUGCGCACACGACUCAGCCGCUGCAGCUGCUGCCGCCAGUGCGCUCAAGUCUGGAUACCCGAUCAUGUACCCAGCGCACCCGUUACACGGCGUGCACUCCGCCCCGUCUUUCAGCGGACACCCCUUGUAUCCUUAUGGGUUUAUGUUGCCCAAUGACCCACUGCCGCACGUCUGCAACUGGGUGUCUGCAAACGGACCUUGUGAUAAGCGCUUUUCAUCCUCGGAGGAGCUUCUAAGUCACUUGCGGACUCACACAGCCUUCGCCGGCACGGAGAAGUUAAUAUCUGGCUAUCCAGGGUCGACCUCUCUUGCCAACGCCGCUGCCGCCGCUGCCAUGGCUUGUCACAUGCAUAUCCCACCUAAUGGCAGCCCUGGCAGCCCCAGCACGCUGGCCCUCAGGGGCCCCCAUCAUCCCCUCGGACUCAGCAGUCGCUACCACCCGUAUUCAAAGAGCCCCCUGCCAACUCCCGGGGCUCCUGUGCCGGUUCCCGCGGCCACCGGGCCUUAUUACUCCCCCUACGCAUUGUAUGGACAAAGACUGACAACAGCCUCGGCCUUAGGAUACCAAUAGAAACAAAGAAUUCUACAUUUAUAAAAGGAGAUUUAGGCCCAAUGAGUUUUAUAUUGUAUUUCAUGCAGGGACUGGAUCCAGGUGGGGAUCAGUGUAUUUAUUUGCGAUAGCUUCAAGCGUGACUAAAAUAAAAAAUGAUUAUAACAUAACUUUCAGAUGCCUCAAUGUGCAUUAUUUUACAUAGAUUACGGUUGAAGCUGUGUAUCACAAACGUCUAUUUGAAUCAAUUUAAUUGGGGCACAAUUAGGGACUUUUUUCUUUUUCUUUUUUCUUCUUAUCCUGAAUCAAAGAGACUGACUUGAAACUAAAGUUUAUCUUAUUAAAUCACACUGGUACUGAGUGUCCUGACAGCAUGAUGGACGUGGAAAAAAAUCAAUCAGAGCAGCUUCUUCAGAACUGGCAUUGAUCUAUUUUGUAGGGAGCAAAACGUUUUCAUGAAGCUUCUUUUUACCAGGUAUUUCUAAAGCUUCACAGUAACUGUGGUCUUUUCUCUUCGUUUUAGAG